CGGAGAAGGGAAACCAGAGAGAAGCAAGAAGCGCAGCGGCGGCGGCGGCGCAAGGAGCGCGAGCUCGACGGCGCGAGGAGCUCCAACUCGACGGCGCGAGGCCCCCUAGUUCGACCGCCGCCACUGCCGUCCCCACCUCUCCCUUCGCUCCUUCCCAGCGCGGGCGAAAUGGCGGACAGAGACGGGGAUUAGGGUUUACGCCGCCGCCACCUCCACCUCCGCCCAGACCUGCUCCGUCGCCUGCCUCCUCCGCUGGGCCUGCACGCAUUCUCCCUCGACGGGCUCAAGUCUGUCACGAGUAACCUCUCCAUCUCCAUCUCGCCCCGACGCUCCUCUGCUUCCAGUCGCUUCCGGCCUGUCCCAUCGAUUUCCUUCCAGACAAGCCAGACCAAGCACUACCCCAUAGGUUUAGCAUUACUGGCAAAGCUACACUGCUGAUACUUGCAUUUGACCCUUUGGAGCUGCUAGCUUUGUCUGAAGGCUUCUUUCUCAAGAAGAGUUACUGUACUUGGAGUUUGUGCACCUGGUACUGACUCUGAUCUAUGUUUCUUUGGACCUGACACACCAGACGAUCUUGUUUGUAUCUGUCAGCUGGUCCCAGAUUUGAGAUUGUUUGAGCAGGGAGACUCAAAUCAAAUUUGGGUCUUACAUAGCCUUCUUCAGCUCAUAGCAUUUUAUGUGAAGGCGUGUGGUUGGUUUUCAGAAUCAAUAUCAGGAGCAGUAUUAUGGAGUGCAACAGAGAAGAAGCCGUCAAGGCUAGGGAAAUUGCUUUAAAAAAGUUAGAAAGCAAAGAUUUUGUUGGUGCCAAAAGGAUUGCACUGAAAGCACAAAGGAUUUUUCCAGAACUUGAAAACUUGUCUCAGCUGUUGACUGUCUGCGAAGUGCAUUGUGCAGCAGAGGCAAAGAUCAAUGAGUUGUUGGACUUCUACGGGAUUCUCCAAGUGGAUGCAACGGCUGAUGAGGCAACAAUAAAGAAGCAGUACCGGAAGCUUGCCUUUUCACUUCACCCUGAUAAAAAUAGUUACCCUGGUGCAGAAGCUGCUUUUAAAUUGGUAGCAGAAGCUCACUCAACAUUGUCUGAUCGAACAAAAAAACCUGCAUAUGACAUCAAGUGGAGGGUUGCUUCUAGAAUUGCACCAAAGCAGGGUUCAGAACUAAAGCAGGCUACAGGACCAAAGCAGGGUUCAGAACUAAAGCAGACUACAGGACCAAAGCAAGGUGCCCAACCAAAGCAGGCAACCCAAUCAAAGAAGGCAGCAAUACCCAAGCAGGCGUCAGUACCGAAGCAGGCGUCAGUACCGAAGCAGGCACCAAUGCCAAAGCAAGCGGCAGUACCAAAGCAGACAGCUGCAGAACAGAUGAAGAAACCUGGUGCAAAUAGAAGUAGUGUAGCAGGAUGUGAACCACCAGUUCCAUCAACAACUGCUGCACAGGCAAUAUGGACCAUAUGCAUCCACUGUAAAACAAGAUAUCAGUACUACAGUGGCGUAAUAAAUCAUCGCAUCCGCUGUCAGAACUGCACUAAAUAUUUUGUUGCUUCUAAGCUGAAUGCACCGGAUGCGCCUUCUGUAUUCACAUCAAAUUCAAUCAGCGGUGUUGGAGAACAGAGUGCUUUUCCCAGUCAACCAGACUGUUCUACAAAGUUCUCUCCUUCUAGGUUGAAUGGUGAUGCUAAUCCCUCGGUGAAUGGAGCACAAACUGAUGGACAUAUGAAGAGUGCCAGAGUGGGUGGUGAGGAGAAGGUUAACCAUGCAAGGGCCGGUGGGAAAAGGGGGGUUGAAUUUUCAACAGGGAAUAUGUCUAAAUCUUCUGCACCAAGUGCAAAUGACAAGGCUGGUAGAAGAAUGGCAUCUGACCCUGCUGAUCCAGAUCUUGAAUUUUCAACAGGGAAUAUGUCUAAAUCUUCUGCACCAAGUGCAAAUGACAAGGCGGGUAGAAGAAUGGCAUCUGACCCUGCUGAUCCAGAUGUUGAAUUUUCAACAGGGAAUAUGUCUAAAUCUUCUGCACCAAGUGCAAAUGACAAGGCAGGUAGAAGAAUGGCAUCUGACCCUGCUGAUUCAGAUGUUGGAUUUUCAAGAGGGAAUAUGUCUAAAACUUCUGCAACAACUGCAGAUGACAAGGCAGGUAGAAGAAUGGCAUCUGACCCUGGUGAUCCAGAUGUUGUUUAUAGUAAAAACCCAUGCAGUAGGGUAGUAGAUACAUCAGCAGAGCCAGGUGCUACUGGCAGCCCUAGUCCCCGGAGAUCAGCUAGGAGAAAGGCAAACAAUGAUGACAGUACCCAGGUUCCCCCUAGCAAAAAGAGGCGAACACUAAAAGAUUGGUUUUCAAAUGCUGACACUAGUUGUAAGAAAAUGUUUGAUGAUAAUGUUGCUCGUGCUGAUGUAAAAACUGGUGAAGCUCAUGUCCCUAGCAAAGCACACAACAAAGAGAAAGGAAGCACUGCCAAAGAAGGGAACCAGGAAAGCGUUAAGAAAGAAUUUACAUGUGAUGCAGCUGCUGGGAAGAAUCCUUGCGAUUCUGUGGAAUUAACCUACCCUGACCCAGAAUUUUUUGACUUUGAUAAAGGCAGGGAUGUGAAUUUGUUUGCAGUUGAUCAGGUUUGGGCAGUUUAUGAUGACCGUGAUGGCAUGCCACGAUAUUAUGCUCGAAUAAAGCAUGUGAAUGCUACCAAAUCCACUAUUCGGUACGCUUGGCUGGAGCAUAAGGCAGUUAAUGAUGAAGAAGACAGAUGGACGGAUAAAGAACUGCCUGUUGCUUGUGGGAAGUUUAUUUUAGGAAAAACAGAGGUAUCACAAGGUGCCCUCAUGUUUUCUCAUACUGUUGUUCCAUGGGUGAUGGGCAGAAGAGGGUGUGCCUAUGAAAUAUAUCCCAGGAAGGGUGAGGUGUGGGCUCUUUAUAAGGGUUGGAGUAUGCAGUGGUGUUCAGAUGCAGAUAACCAUAAGACAUACGAGUACGAAGUUGUGGAGGUUCUGUCAGACUUCACGACGGAAGCUGGAGUUGCUGUUUUUCCCUUGGUCAAGAUUAAAGGGUUUGUCAGUCUAUUUGGAAAAGCAAUUGAUAGAUCAUCUUUUGUUAUACCAUCUAGUGAACUGCUUCGAUUCUCGCACAAUAUCCCAUUUUAUAGGACAAAAGGAAAUGAAAAGGUUGGUGUGGCAGGUGGGUUUCUUGAGCUUGAUACCGUGUCACUUCCUAGUAACCUGGACACAUCGUUUUUAUCAGUUACUAUCGACAAGACAAUUAGCAGUGGUUUCAUUGACGCCAGUGAUAUUAGUACACCAGGUCCUGGAAAUGAACCAAGUGCUCAAAAGGAAAAUCAGCAAAGUGGAGGAAAACGGAUAGAUGAUUCCCUUGAACGAACCCCAAGACAGAAGCAGAAAGGCGGCACUGCGAAUGUGCCUGGUUCUUCUUCUCAGCUAUUCUGCACCUCACCAAGUUCUAUUGCAACAUAUCCAGACACGGACUUCUAUAACUUUGAAGAAGGGCGAUCAUAUAAAAAGUUUGAACGUGGCCAGAUAUGGGCUAUUUACAGCGAUUUUGACAAAUUUCCGAAGUAUUACGGCUGGGUGACCAAAGUUGAUAUGGAACCGUUCAGAUUGCAUUUAUCUUGGCUCGAAGCUAGCCCUCAACUGGAGCAAGAGAAGAUGUGGUUGGAGCGUGAGAUACCUGUGAGCUGUGGGACAUUUAAGAUCCGCAACUGGAGGAUCAAGUAUGAUUCAAAUGACGCAUUCUCUCAUUUAGUAGAAACCAGCCAAGUUAAUGGCCAAUGUUUUGAAAUUUACCCGCGAGUAGGUGAAAUUUGGGCCAUUUACAACAACUGGGCACCCGACUGGGUUCCUUCCAGCGAUGAUGCGUGUGAAUAUGCCAUCGGUGAGAUUACUGAGCGGACUGAAGCUAGCACAAAGUUCUCGUUUCUGACUCCAGUAGACGGUUACACAGCUGUGUUCAGGUUUGACAAAGAAAGGGGUAUUCUGGAGAUUCCUGCAAAUGAGAACUUGAGGUUUUCGCACCAUAUACCUUCUUACCGUCUGACAGAAGAAAAAGGUGACACGCUUCGUGGCUUCUAUGAGCUAGAUCCAGCUUCUGUUCCUGAUGCUUUCCUGGUCCGUGGCGGCACCUGCUGACCGACCGACUUGGAAGCUGACAUUGAAUUACUUCCAAUCAAGUUAAGUAGUCAUCUGGUCGCUACCGUGAUCUGGUUAUCAAUCACUAUGAAAAUGUUAUCUGCAGGGGAGAGCAAAUUCUCAGUUAGGCUCUCUGUAUUUCUAGAUGUUUUACCGUACUUCUAGUGCUUGGGCGUAUUUUGGCCAUUUCUGUUGUGGACCUUAUGAAAGCUAGUUGUGGGACCUUAUGAAAGCUAGUUGUGGAACUUAUGAAAGACUAGGAAGAAAAGGAACCUGAUAGUUGUUA